AUGAGUUCAUUGGGAAGUAAUUUGGAAGAUAAUGAAUUCAGUUUUUUCCUUACAAGUCCUUGCAGUGAUAAAUUUGAUGUAAUUAUUGGAGAAAUCGAAAACAUUGUUGUUGAAGAAGAGUUUCAGAAUUUACAAAACAGUUUUCUUGAACAUAAUUAUAGAAUUUUUGAAGAUACAGAAGAAAAUAAAUUAGAAUACUAUGAAAUAUUUAAAACAUACGCGAAUACAAUUGAAGCAUUCAUUGUUGAAGAACUGCAAAAACGUAUUCCUGAUUUUGAUAUUGAAGAAUUCGCAGAAGAACUAGAAAACAAGAAACAUCUUUUGGAUGGAGAAAUAUUUGAACUUUUACUAUCCUUCUCUGAUUUUGUGAAAUUCAAGGAUUUAAUUUUGGAUUACAAAGCUCAAAAAGAUGGCAGAUUCAAUAGUUUAGAUUUAUUUUUUUCUGUAACAAAAAUUAAUAUUGCAGAUUGAGCAAUUGCAACACAGCUACAAAACUAAAAUAUAUUAAAACUUAAUUCAAUGUAUGUACUUUUAACACAGAUUUCGCAGCAUAAAAAUAUUCGAAAAAAAAACUGGAAAAAUAAAAUUUUACAACCAAGAAAGCUGUUCUUUAUAAUAUAAGGGGGCAGGCAUACGUACUUUAAA